GAAUGUAAAGGAGGAGACGGUCAGCAAAUGGGAGAAUGGAAUCUAGUAGGACAUAAAAGGAAAACUUCAAAACGGUCAAGACCAGCUCCAAUUAAAGGAGAAUUAGAAAAAUUCAACUUGACAGUAGCCGAGAACCAAUGUUGUCUGUUCGUGUCGGGUCUGAAUCCAGAUGUAGUUGCUCAAGAAGUGAAGGAAUACAUAGAUGAGACCUUCAACAUAAAAUGCAAAUGUGAAAAAAUGAAGACUAAAAAAGAUAAAUUCAAAAGCUCUUUUAAAAUAUAUGUCCCAGUUGAUUCAAAGGACAAAGUUAUGAAUGGAAGUAUGUGGGGAAAGGGGAUUAUUGUUAACCAUUUUUUACACCUCAGAAGAAACAUCGACAGAGAAUUGAAUUAAGUGAUUGCUUAAAUAUAUUGCAUCAGAAUAUACAAUGCCUGAGAAACAAACUGCCUGAAAUAGAACUCUUUGUAGAAGAACUCGAAAAACCUCCUGAUAUUAUGUGUUUCACUGAACACUGGAUGGAUGGGCAGGAAAUUCAGUUUUUGAAAAUCCCAAAAUAUAAUGUUAUAUCAAAUUUCUCCAGGGAACAGUAUAUCCAUGGGGGAACAUGUAUUUUAAUCAGGGAUAACAUUCAUGAUUUUGAAGACAUUCCAGAUAUCACCAACUUAAGUGUGGAAAAGCAGAUUGAGGUAUCUUGUGUGUACAGCAAAUCGAGGAAAUUAAUGGUCUUGUCUGUAUAUAGAACUUGUCGGGGAAGUAUACAGGUAUUUAUGACUAAAAUGGAUCAAUUACUCAAUGUAGUAAACAAAAAAUUUGCUAAAAGCAAAGUGGUACUAUGCGGUGACUUUAACAUCAAUUUAAUGGAAGAAAGUGAAGCAAAAUACAAUUUCCUGG